UGACAAUUGCAAUGUGUUAAGGUGCUAGAGUGUGAUGCGGGUUCAGGUGCGGUUCAAGUGCGUCGGAUUCGCUCUGAGCUUCGGUUAAAUCCGUGCAAUAAUGUCACAUCUAUGAAUUAUACAGAGUGCGCGACGACGCCUUUACUGGCGGUUAUCAAAUCGCCAUUUUCACCGUACGCAAGGUUAUUUCUAUCACCGGCGUCGGCGAUUAUUGUGAUAGGGUGAUCUGUCCGAUAUUUAGCGACGGGUCACUCGCUGAUCUUAAGGCUCUAGUUCGCACGCGAGUUUCGAAAAUUCUACAUAUUGUUUGUCUCGAUAUUCGCGAAACUUUACCGGCGUUCAAACAACAUUUCUUACCAUCGGGAAAAGUACGAGGAGUAUCGAUGCUGUUGCAGAUUUGUCAAACGAAUUUAUAGCUCGGUUUUCCUCGUUUGUUACCGAUAUACUUCGCCAACUUUACCGCUGGAUUGUAAUCCGUCUCGAGUGCGAACUGAUUCCUUAUGCACGUAAACACCAUUUGCUAGCAAGCUGGCUCUGCGCUAAUAUCUGGCACGCGUGAAAAGUUCGUUUCUUUUCUUUUUCUUUAAAAUCAACACGUUCUUCUUUGCGAUUUGAACUAGUUUCUUGUGCGGUUAUAAGUUUGUCUUUCGAUAAAUUAAUUAUACGGUGACGAUGAUUAAUUGUUAUUGCCAGAUGAUGUUAUUUGGCAGAGCUAUCUUGGAUUGCGAACGCUUACGAUUUAUUAUUAUUACAAAUAUAAGUACUAUAUAUAUAUGUAUGUAUGUAUGUAUGUAUGUAUGUAUGUAUGUAUGUAUGUACGUAUGUACGUAUAUACGUAAAUGCAUACAAAUACAGACGUUCUGUGCAAUAUUAUAGUUUGCACGUUAUAGAGCGUUUUAAUAUGUAUACAUAAUAGUAGUUGAUAUUGUAUUGACUUCAAUCACUUAUCAGAAUAGGAAAAAAAAAACAGAUUAAAAAUUCAACAAGAAAUAUAAAUAAAAAAUAAAACCAUAAAUAUUAACUUGAUAAUUGAUUUUGGUAAAUUAUCAAUAAAACGAAAUUGAUAAAAGUCCGUGAAUUUAUUGAAUCGCUGAAAACGAAAUAAAAUGUUACUCGUUAGUUGUUGGCUGAAUAAAAUACAUAUUGUUAGAAUUGUUGAAAAAGAAGGGGAGAAAAAAAUUACCGGUAACAAUACGUGUCCUACGGCUUCAUUUUCGUAUUAACAUCUUUUGCACAAAUUCUUGGACGUAAUCUUCGAUAAACAUAAAUCAAUGAACAAAUAAAUCAUUUAAUAACACGUCAUCUAAUCUGAUCAUUGUCCAGGUUCUGACUAAGCGAAAAGAUUGGAAACUCAAUUGUACUCUCUAACAUUUAACAAUAGUCAAUUUUUUGUCAAACCUUUGUCCGUGUCGUGUAAAUAACGUCAUAAUUUCAACCGAAAGAAGGUGUAUAAUAUUGUUAUAAUUUUCAAAAGCUCAAAUCUGUCUUUGUUUUAAUAUUUUCAACUUGAUUAAGUGUGUUUGUUUUUUCUUUUUAUCAUUAUUAUUUCUUCAACGAUGAGCAUGCUUUUAUCAAGAAGGGUGAACUUUGAGAAGUAUAUUUUUAUUGAGUAUAAGUCGAUGCGUGUAAUUUUUUUUUUUUUUUUUUUUCGUCGCUAUCGAUGUCGAAGUCGUGAAAAUUUUUAACCACUAUGUCCGAUUUUCUAACCCUUUCUCGCAUCAGAAUAAUAAUAGUAGUAGUAGUAGUAGUAGUAGUAGUAGUAGUAGUAGUAGUAGUACAGUAGUGGCAGUAGUAGUAGUAGUAGUUAUAACAAUAAUAAUUAUAAUAAUAACAAAAACAACAACAAUAAUAAUAAACGUAAUAGUAAUAUUAAUAAUAAUUGAAUAGUUGUACAAUACAAUAUUUAAAUUUGUAUCCAUCGUAGACGCAAUAAAAUAUUUAAAACAAAGGAAGCUCGUGUAAAACAAAGUGAAAUUAAGAAGAGAAGAGGAGGAAAAAAAAUUAAAAACAGACGCGUAAUAAAUUUUCUGUAUAUAUCGUCUAGGAGAUAAGCUCCGUUAUAUAAUUAUAUAAAUAAUUACGUAGUAACUGCGCUAUAUAAUUGAAAGAAAGAAUAAUAAUAAUAAUAAUAAUAAUAAUAAUAACAACAACAACAGUAAUGAAAAUAAUAAUUUUCGUUCUUGUUAUCAUCAUCAUCAUUAUUAUUAUUAUAGUAAUGAAAAUUAUAAAUAUAAUCUUAAUAUUGCGUUAAAAAAAAGUAUGUGCAUUUUCCAGCACAGAAAGUUGGUAUUUUGUGUACAAAAGUUGUUGAACAUUUGUGGCUGUAAUAAUUGGUUGAGUAGGGAAAUGUAUCUUUUUUUUUCGUGGAAAAGAUAAUGCUACUGAUGCUGCAUUUAUCGUGCAAGCAUUUCAGGGAAGCAUUUACACAGCAGGUUCAACUAUACUAGACGAUAUAAAGCAAUUUCUCUUUAUCGUCGAAAACAGCAUCUGUACGGACGCUGAGCAGUGAGCUGCUUCUUUAGUCCGCGAUUUACUUGAAAAGAACUAGAUAAUAGCAGAGUAUUGUUUUGUACCGCCUAGAGAAACGGUGAGAAUUCGUAGAAGAGUAAUAUUAUGCGUUAUAAAUUAAACGGGAAGAAAGGAGAGGAAAUUAAAAAAUCAUAGUAUUAUGUCCGUGUAAAGAACAAAUUUAACUCGUAUGAAAUAAUAACGAUACUAAUAUAAAAACUAAUGGCAAAUUGAAGAAAAAAAGGUAAAAAGAAAAAAAAAAAAUGGUGAUGAGGAAACGAAGUGGAAAAUUAAUAAAGAAAGAAACUCGAUCAUUCACAGUACAGUAAACGAUACUUUUAAGUAAAUGAAUGUAAUGCAAAUAUUGAAAUAUGAUGUAGCUUAAUAAAUAAAGCCGUGUUAGGCUCAGAGAUUUUUACCAAAUGACUCCGCAACGCGGGGAGCAGUAAAUAAGAAGUAAAUUUCACUCUUUUGUAGGAGUUGAGAGAAAUAAUACAAAAAUGAAGAAAAAGUAAAAACUAUACGAGUGCAAGAUAAACAUUACGAGAAAGGUGCGUAAUACUUGUUUCGUAAAAUUAUUCUGUUGAUAUAGAAAAUUUUGACGUAAUAAGGAUAAUCUUGUUACAACGAAUAAAUAGUUGACCAAUUGAGUUAUUGUUAAAUAACAAUUCGUUUCACAGUAUGUGAACAUGUGUUUACAUGUGUUAUGCAUACCUGGAUUCAUUAGUUGUUUUUUUCUGUCUCGUAUUUUCUCUUCUUCCAGUAUGCUCUACGCAUGAAUUUAUUUGCCAUACGUUCGUAAAUAAUUAAAAAAAUAUCAUUCAUCAAAUCAUGCGAAUUCGGCGAAGCAAAAAUAAACAUCUUAUUUUUUAAGUAUGAAAACUCGGUAAAAAUAUGCCAAAAGUAGGUAGAUACUGCUAUACUGGUACGACUAAAUCAAUAUUACUGUUUAUCGAUUUAUGAUCGAUUGACACUUGCGACGUCAACGAGUGAAUAAUAAUUGUACAUUUUAACGCGAAAGUCGAUCUCCAAUUUCGAAUUCAGCUCUUGCUGUUGUUCCAAACGCAGGGCUAAUCGUGGUGUAAUGUUUAUUUUGUUAGCGCAUUGUCCUGUAAGCAUAAUAAAAUUCGCUUAAAACAUAUUAUGUAUUUAAAACUACAAAUUGUUAUUUGAUCAGCAACCGAUUGUCAAUAUUUUGUACACGCUGUUGAACAAGAACACGUAAAAGAAGAAGACGAUGAAAACAAAAAAAGAAUUGUAUCAUAUAGAAAAAAAAGAAAAAAAAAAACUGUAGACUUAAGAAUAAUAAUGUAUAUAAUUAUUACUGUAAACUCUAAUUAAUAAUCCAAAAAAACGAAAAACGAAAAAAACAAACAUAAUGAAAUAAAACCUUACUCAUUGAAAGAACAAGAUAAAAAAUUUCAAAAUCUAUUGAGUAUAUGAUUUUGAAGAGAAAAAAACGCUGUGUUAUUUUCGAUUUAAAAAUAAUUCUCUUUGUUAUUAGUUUAUAUACUAUUAUGAUUACUGCAAUUUAUUAUUAUAUAUUAUUAAUGAAAUGAAAUACUGUAACAAAGUACUGUUAACUAUUCUUAAAAUAUUAAAACUUUUGUAAACUGA